GGCUCUUAAAUUGCUCUUAAAUAUUUUGUAAAAAAUUGAAGUAAAAAACAAUUUCGUGCAUACCAAAAUUAAAAUACCUAUUGGGAAUUUGUCAUUCCGAUUCAUUUUUAAAAUGGAGUGGGUGCCACGUCUUGAAUAGUGGCAUCCGGAAGCAAAAAAAUAGUAGUGUCGUGAAUAAUAAAGUGGUGGGAUCGUUACUAUUUAAAAUAAAUUAAAAUUGAAUUUCAUUUGAUAAAUUUAUUUCAGAAGUACCGAUUAUUUUAUGAAAGAAUGGCUAAAAUAUUAUUUGUGGAAUUUAGAUGGACAAAAAUACGAGUAAUUUAGGUUUGGACAGAAAAGUGACCGUCCAUUAUUUAAAACUUUUGCGCUUCUCCUUACUCCCUGUCGCUACUUCUUCUUCGCAGACCUCUGUGUCGCUUCUUCUUUUCUUCCUCAGAGCAGACUCGCAGACCACUUCUCCGCCUAUAUACACAGAGCAGUCUUCUCAGCCGCUGCCUCUCUCCUGUUGCAGCCACCCUCCCUCCGCCGCAGCGCCUGAAAUUGGAUAGCUAUGGAUCAGAUAGUUCGACGAAAUUUCGAAAUGAUAGCUAUGGAUCUGAUCUAAAUCUCGCCCGAUUAGGGAGGCCACGAUCAUCUCAUCCAAUUGACUGGAAUCUCAGACUUUCUUCACAAUCCUAAUGAUUGGAUCAUAGAAGCUGAAGAAUCUCAAGCAAAUUCUGAAAAUCCCUGUAAAAGCAAUGUUAUGUUGGGAUCUGAAAUUUCGAUCAUAACAGGUCAGAAUAUCGCCAGAUUAUAUGUUUAAAUUCCAGAUUAAUUGAGACGAUUUUGUUGUGUUCUAACACCCCCGCUGCAAUGACUCAACAUGGAAUAAUGCCUGAAAUCAGACAGAAGUGGUGGCAGAUAAGGAGUGGAGGUGGCGGCAUGGGUUGGUGAGGGGGACAACCGUGUUAACAGCGGGGCGCUGGAAAUAGUAGUCUGAAAAAUUUUCUUAGUGACAUUUUGACAACGUUUGACAACGACCACGGUCCAGUGACAUUCAAAAGUGACGUAUAAAUAUAGUAGUGACAUAUGAAGUGACAUAAAAUUCUGUCACUGACAUAAAAAAUUUCACAGUAACAAAAAAAAUCGCAGUUACAUCAACUUUCACCAAAUAUAUAACCUUGUUAGUAACUUUUUUGUCCUUUUAUAAAAAUGAUCACUUUUUUGGAAAUCGACUUUAAUUUAGUGAUAUUCAAGAGGAAAAAACCCUUAUUUUAUUUAUCUUAAUAAUGGAUUGAGCACGGUUAAAAAAUAAAUAAAUAAAAUACUCCGUGUGAUUGGAAUAUAGGAAUCCGAAUGUUUAUUGGUGACAAAUCCGGUACCCAUUUAAAAAAUGGGAUACCGUAUCUAUCACUCACUUGAUUGAUACAAAUCAUUGCAUCAUUUUUAAUUUAGAUUUAAAAAAUUCACAUACAUCAUUCUGAUUGGUACAUGUGGACAAAAGUAUGAUACCUUAAAGGUACGAUAGAAUCUACUAUGUUUAUAUGUAUAAAGCAAGGAUAGACUAAAUAAAUACUUCCUCCGUCCCAAAUUAUUUUUCAAAGUCAAUAUUUUUUGGUCAACCAAUAAAAAAGUCAAUGCUCCCUAUCGAUAAUUAAUUCCAAUUUUAAUAAUUCAAAUUUAUAUAUUCAGAAACUAUAUUAAGAUCUCUUCAAAGUUGUAAACUCCAAAUUAGAAUAUUAUUAAAAAUUGACAUCCUAAUUAAGUAAAUAAAAUGAAAUUGUUUGACCAAGAAAAGUAAAAUUUGUAAAUCAAUUUGGGAGGGAGGUAGUAAAUAAAAUAUGAUUGGAAUACCCAACUCCGAUUAGAUAAGUUUAAAAAUGGGAAGACACGGUGCCAAAUAGGUUUGCCUGAAUCCUCUUCUUCUGCGUAGUUCAUUCGGAAUUGAAUACUCCCUUCCGCGUAAAUCAAGAAACCCUAAAUAAAGUCCCGUGUUUUUACAGGUUCUUCCCGUAAAUUAAGAAAACACUGGAGAAGAGAGAUCAGAGAUGACGAGCACGGGCUCUUCCUUCCACUUCCCUGGAAGUUUUAUUCGUCUGCAGGACUCGAUUGGGAGUGUUAGAAUACGCAAAGAGGUUUGUGUAAGCAUAGAUGAGGAGACGCAUGAGAGAUACUAUUAUGUAAAUGAUUGGAAAACUUUCAAUAUUAUAAGGAGUUUCGUUGUGGCCAUCGACCCUGUUGGCUGCUACUCCUACUCUUCUGCUGCUACAAAGAAUAUCAUCACGGUCCACAAAGGUGCUUGUACCACAACGAAAUAUGGCAAUAAGACUAUUGAAGCAUGUGAUAUUUUAAUAUUGUACUCCGUAAUAAUUUAGUAUUAGUUUAUACUAUAUAUUUAUUUAGGCUAUAUUAUUGCAACUAUUAAGUGCAUGGUUCAUGCAAUAGAAACAAUGUUCCUUCCCUGUAUUAUAAAUACACAUACGUAGGAUGUGUAUAAGAUAAGAGAGAAGAGUUAUUGUGUGAAGCAUUCUCAUUCGUAUAAACUUAGCAUGCUCCCAGUGAGCUUUAUUUCUCCAUCUUCAAUUAAUAUUAAUUUUAUCAUGGUA